CUGACUGAUCCUCCAGCUGCAGCGUGAACAGCGCCGUCGUGAGAGAGAGAGAGAAGAUGGGAGAUGCGGCAGAUGACAGAGGGAUGAGACGGACCUUCAUCGUCCCUGCCAUCAAGAGCUUCGACCACUACGACUUCGCCAGGGCCAAGAUAUCAUGCAGCCUGACGUGGCUGGUGGCCAAGGCUUUCGGCUCGGACGCAGUACCAGAGGAGCUGGCUGAGCCUUUAUACACAGACCAGUACAACCAGGAGCACCUGAAGCCUCCGGUGGCCUGCCUGCUCCAGUCUGCGGAGCUCUACUGCCGGGCGGGAAGCUUGAUCCUCCGCAGCGAUGCCGUUAAACCUUUACUGGGACACAACGCUGUCAUCCAGGCCCUGGCCCAGAAGGGCCUGUACGUCACAGACCAGGACCGACUGGUCACUGAGAGGGAUCUGACCAGCACGCCUAUACACAUGAGUUCCCACCUGGCGCUCAUAGACACCCUGAUGAUGGCGUAUACUGUGGAGAUGGUGAGCGUGGAGAGGGUGAUGUCCUGCAUCAACAGGUACUCCUCCGCUGAACCUUCACACAGUGACGGACACAUCCAGGAGCUGCCUUAUGACACCGAGGAUGCAAUCAUCACCUGGAUCAACAAGGUGAAUGAACACCUGAGGGACAUCCUUGUCGAAGAGCAAAAGCUGAGAGAGGCUUCCUUCCAGGAGUCAAAUGCAACAACACAAAAAUCUCCUAGCAAAUGGUACUGGAGAUUAGUACCUGCUCGCUACAGGAAGGAGCUUGCUCAGCAGAGGAACGCUCCGUCGCUCCCCCUGGUGGAGAACCUGCUGAAGGACAACACAGACGGCUGUGCCCUGACCACCCUGCUGCACUUCUACUGCUCACAGGCCAUCAGACUGGAAGAUAUCUGCCUCAAGGAGACCAUGUCUUUGGCCGACAGUCUGUACAACCUCCAGCUGGUGCAGGAGUUCUGCAGGAACAACCUCAACCACUGCUGCCACUUCAGCCUGGAGGACAUGCUCUACGCGCAUGCAUCCAUAAAGAGUAACUACCUGGUGUUUAUGGCUGAGCUUUUCUGGUGGUUUGAAGUGGUUAAACCUUCCUUUGUACAGCCCAGAGUCUUCGAUCCAAACGCCUGUGAGCCUGUGUCAUCCUGUAGAAAAAUGGCUCCUGUGUCCAGUCCAGUCAAACAGAGCUAUGCAGUCAGACCUGACAGCCCAGAGAGCAUCCCUGCAGAGGGUGUGAUGAAGAGAUCUACCUCCAUGUCCUACGUGGAUGGCUGUGUUGGGACAUGGCCCAAAGAAAAGCGCUCCUCCUCUCGAGGAAUUUCCUUUGAGAUUCCUCUGGACGGAGACCCCACUGUGCCGCCCUGUGAAGCGCCGCCCCUCCGCGGGAUGACCCGCUCCGCCAGCAGUGACGGUCUUGGGUUCAAAGUUCACUUUGCGUCUCGAGGGGGCAUGAAGCGCCACCUCUCCCUCAUGCCCGUCUCUGUAAAUGGCCAGAGCAGACACAUACCAGAGGAGGACGAGGACUUCACCUCCCACAAACCCCUGGGGAGGAACAACACAUUCUCAGUCAAGAACCAAAGCAGGUACUCCAAUGGAGUCCUUCCAGACAGCAACCACAGCCCCAGCGAUCACCAUGGCAACCACAGUGGCCACAUCAGCCCAUCAACUCCUCCAAGCAUUGAGGAGGCCCUGAAGAUUAUCCACGACACUGAAAGGCCCCACUCUAGCCUGGGCGUGGGGGAUGGAGACAAUGGCUUCUUUCUCCACGGUGCGGAGUCCUCAGACCCUCCAGGGGCACAAGGUCAAGGAGACGACCCGGGCUCAGCUAAGGCUCGGCUGAAUGACCACGACCCUAACUCCGUGUCCACUGAUGAAGUUGACACGGGCAUCCAUGUGAGGACAGAGGACAUCCAGAGCUUGGAUGAGGACUCCUCCUCUCUGAGAGACUAUUCCGAUAUAGACCCAGACUGCGAGGCCACGACCCGGUCGUGCCCCCUGACUGACCGGCCUGAGAGGGAGAGAAGCAGGGAAGGGGGACGGAAAGGGUUGGCUGAUGCUAACCCUGAGGGUGAGAGCGGGGAUGGAGGUGACAGGAGCAGCCCCUGUCCCAGCUCGGCACCCACACUCCCCAGAUCCCACACAGCCAGCCCCGCCUCGUCCUCCGGAGGCUCUGGAGGCGCCAUGGUCCGCAUGACAAGCUUUGCAGAGCAGAAGUUCAGGAAGCUGGAGGGACGGAGUAGUGGAGGAACCACGCCAGAGAGUUCGGAUCUCAAUGUGCCGUACACACACCCGCCAAAAAAUAUUUCCUCUCAGAUCUCUACACCCCCUUUGCCAAUCACAUCUCCAUCUCCAGUAUCGCCUUCCCCCAGAGACCCCUCCCACCUGAUAGCUUCAGAGAUGAUUCAGCUGAGGAUGAAGCUGGAAGAGAAACGGAGAGCCAUCGAAGCCCAGAAGAAGAAGGUGGAAGCAGCUUUCACCCGCCACCGUCAGAAGAUGGGCAGGACGGCCUUUUUGAAUGUCGUGAGGAGAAAAGGAGUCACUGCUCCUCCCAGCCCCACCUCCGGCAGUGUGGAAACACCUUCUCCAGAGCCGCUCACAUCCACGAAGGAAAGCAGCCAUGGCAGCAUGGAGCGGGCGGAGAGAUGCAAGCCAGACGGAGCAGCUCCUAAAUCGCCCUGUGAGGACAGUGGAGGUGCGACUCCAGGAGAAAUCGACCUUGCAGAUUACACUCGCUCCAUUGAGAGGCUGAACACGUCGUUGGGAUUCCUGCAGACAGAGAUGCAGCGUUUGGCCCAGCAGCAGGAGAAGAUCAUGGCCAUGAGAGAGCAGCAGCAACAAGCCUGGGUUAUUCCUCCUCCUGCUCCAUCUCCACACAGGCAGCUCCGUGAGUUGCGCAGCAGCAGUGUAACCGGCCGGGGAUCUGGCCGAGGCUCCGUCGGGUCUUUGUCUCCCAUCCUUUCUUCUUCGGGCUCUCCCCACGCUCCCAAUCGUUCCCCUGCUGGCAUUAAGCGGCGGCCAGCCUCCUUCCAUGCCAGGACGCCUCGGACUCCACGACCAAACGAUCUGAAAGUCACACCUUUUAGUCGAAUGCUCAACACCCCGACCUCAGUGGACAGCCUACCCAGACUGAGGCGGUUCACCCCCAGCCAAACCCAGCUCAGCUCGUUUGCUUACCUGGGUCACGAUGACAGGCCAGGGGGAAGCAAGGACCAAGAGGCCAAGGAAGACAAAGAAAACACUCAGGACAAAGAUGAGACAGCGGCAAAGAUGAGUGCUGGCACUCCUCAGCCUUCUGCUAAAGAAGCAGCCAAAGAGAAUGAAGAUGAGAGAGAGGAUCAGUCGAAGGGCGAAGUCAAACAAACAAGGUCAUCAGAGGUGUUGUGUCAACCAGUGUCUGAGACCCAAGGGCCCACAGGCGGCCGGGUCAAGGGAGACGCCAAGGACAGAAAGGACCUGGUGGAGGUGCCUCUGUCAGGGGUGAAACCCCCAGGAGAACCGCCCGGCGGUCAGGAGGUGAUGGGAGAAGUGGAGGGCGAGGCAGGAGGAGACACUUACGGAGAUGACCAAAAGAUGUGCUGUGGAUUCUUCUUCAAGGAUGAUGUGAAAGGGGAAGAGGACAUGGCGGCAAAGAAAGCAGCUCUGCUGGAGAAGAGGCUGAGGAGGGAGAAGGAGGCUCAGGAGAGGAAGCAUCAGCAGGAGCUGGACCAGGAGCAGAGGAAGGAAGCAGCACGGUUGAAAGCCGAAGAGGAGCAGCAGAAGAAGGAUGACGAGAAGGCGAGGAGGGACUACAUCAGGAAUGAAUAUCUGAGGAAGAAGCAGCUCAAGCUGAUGGUGGACAUGGAUGAGGUCAUCAAGCCCCGGUCUGGAAGUCUCAAGAAGAAACCGCGGCCCAAGUCCAUCCACAGGGACGUCAUGGAGUCCUCCACUCCCCCCGUGAGAGCAACAGGGGUGCGUCCUCGAGGCUUCUCGGUAUCAAGUGUCUCUUUGGCGUCACUCAAUCUGGCUGACAACGACAGAGACCAGCCAAAUAACAGGAAGAACAACAGGCCGGACUCUGCAGAAGGCUUUUCCUCUUGUCCUUCGACUGGUAGUCGAAACGGAGAGAAGGACUGGGAAAAUGAUUCUACCACCUCAUCCACGCCCUCCAACGCUGAGUACACAGGACCUAAACUAUACAAGGAGCCGAGUGCCAAGUCCAACAAGCACAUCAUCCAGAAUGCCCUGGCUCACUGCUGCCUGGCUGGCAAGGUCAACGAAGGGCAGAAAAACAAGAUACUUGAUGAAAUGGAGAAAUCCGAAGCCAAUAACUUCCUGGUUUUGUUCCGUGACGCCGGGUGCCAGUUCAGGUCUGUGUACACCUACUGUCCCGAGACUGAAGAGAUCACCAAACUGGCCGGCAUCGGGCCGAGGAGCAUCACGACCAAGAUGAUCGAGGGCCUGUACAAGUACAACUCUGACAGGAAGCAGUUCAGCCAGAUCCCAGCCAAAACCAUGUCCGCCAGCGUGGACGCCAUCACCAUCGCCAGUCACCUGUGGCAAACCAAAAAGCAGGGGACGCCCAAAAAACUGCACCCUAAGUAGCGUCAGACUGGGCAAGAAUCAGACACACCUCUCUGGAGCGAACACAGACCAAUUUGUGGAUUUUACUGUAUCGUUAAAAGGACACACUGUCCCACUGUAAGACAUCACAACUGGAAUGUAGAACACAAACGGGCCUCACAGACGUUGUUGUUGCAGUUCAGAGUUGACUGUCGCGCUGCUUCAACGGGGCACGAGUGUGUCCUCGUCAGCAUGUGUAUCAAUGUUCUCGUUUGCCAAAAAAAGAGAAGAAAAUAAUAGGCGGACCAAUGCCUUACCUAGUUGAACCACUGAAGCAGUGAAUGUCACCGCCUCUGAGAGAGGCAGUUUGGUUUCUAUAAGUUGAUCAUGUGUGGCCUUAUGCUUGUUUUGUGUCACAUGGAUGCGCUGUGAGUAUUGGUGUCAUUUCGUCAGCGCCUGUUGAAAAAGUCUGUUGGUGAUGCAGGAGAGUUUGUGUGUACUCACAGGUCCGGGAUCAGAUUACACCCGCCCCUGAAGCCCAGGUUGUUGAGAGGGCGGCCUGCCUGAUCUGUGAUCAGGUGGAGGCAGCAUUUUUGACGAGAGUUUUGCUGCUACACAGGCAUGUGUUGUUGUUUUUUUUUUUUUUUUUUACAUGUGACUGAAACACUUAUAAACAUUUCAAAUUUGUGUAUGUGUGUGUAUAGUGAAGUGCCAAGAAGAGUGAGGAAAAUACCUCAGUUGGUGAUUGCAAUUACUUUCCAAAAGUGUGAAAUGAUGAGACUAUCAAGCGUAUGGAGCACCAUCAAACAAUUCUGGAAAGCACCUGCAAUAGACUCUUAAUUUAUUUCAUUUGAUAAUGCUUUGAAGAUAUUUUAAAAGGCGUCUUAGAUUUUAUCCAGAGAAACAUAAUAUACUAUACGUAUAUAAGUUAAAAUUAAUUUGUAUAUGACGGCAGAUCCAUUCAAAAUGAACAAGUCCGCUUGUAGUAGCUGUUGAGUAGCGUUUAUAAUUUAUCAUGUACGUGUAUCGGUAUGUUGUCGUUUGGGGCCUUUUAUUGUGCUACAAAUGCAAAGUGUGUGAUCACUCAACAGUGUCACUGAUAAGACGAUCAUCAGUAGUAGAAUAGAUGGAAAUCCCACACUAUGUCAGUCUAUAUCAGUCUGUGCAAUUUCAGAGUCACUUAAGUAAUCACCAUUGAUCCUGUUGCAGUUGGAACUAACAAAUACUUAAAGUGCCACUUUUAUUGUGGAUAUCUUCUUAACUAUUAGAUCUCGAUGCCCUUGAAGUAGUCCACAAUUGUAAAUAAAUGAAUUCACCUAUGAUAGCACUUCAAGACCCUGCCCACUGUCGCUGAGUCGUUUCCACUUCAGGACUGUCAUACUCCUUUCUUUACUUUCACGUUACUGUUCCUUUUUUUUUUAAAUCAUGUGUUCCUUCAGUACGUGUUGACACUGUACAGAUAUAUUUUGGCAUAUAGAAGUAUUUUUUGUAAUGACAUUUACCUGUUGGGUCUGUGCGCUAAGGAAGCAGCACAGUUGUUGAAGGAAGUGUGUUGAAAGCGAAGUUAGGCAAGGUUUAUAAAGCCUUCAUGAGGCUUUAUAUUGUAUGAAAUCCAUUAAGUAUACUGAGAAAAUCAUAGUAUUUUUCCCAACUCAGAAUUCAUUUUCUUUUCAAUUUACUAAAUAUGCUCAACUGUUCAUGGAUUUUUGUUGUUUUUCUAUUCCUUUGAGCUUUAUUAAAAUGCCAGCUAUCAACAGUA